UGCUGUCGCGUGGAGGCUCCGCCCUUCUACUUCCUCUUUGACCGCGGCUCUGAGUAGAGUCACCAUGAAGGCGUCAGGCACACUUCGGGAGUACAAAGUCAUUGGGCGUCUGCUGCCCUCUGCCAAGAACCCUGCCCCACCUCUCUACCGCAUGAGGAUUUUUGCCCCCAACCACGUAGUGGCCAAGUCCCGCUUCUGGUACUUCGUGUCCCAGCUGAGGAAGAUGAAGAAGGCCUCUGGAGAGGUGGUCUACUGUGGCCUGGUCCAUGAGAAGACCCCGCUGAAGGUGAAGAACUUUGGUAUCUGGUUGCGUUACGACUCUCGCAGCGGCACCCACAACAUGUACAGAGAGUACAGAGACCUGACCACGUCUGGAGCCGUCACACAGUGCUAUCGCGACAUGGGAGCUCGCCAUCGCGCCCGCGCCCACGCCAUUCAGAUCAUGAAGGUCCAGGUCAUCCCUGCCAACAAGUGUCGCAGACCCGCCAUCAAGCAGUUCCACGACUCAAAGAUCAAGUUCCCCCUCCCUCAUCGGGUCCUGCGUCGCCAGCACAAACCUCGCUUCACGACCAAGAGACCAAACACCUUCUUCUAAAAAACAUUAAUAAACUUGUGCAGGAAAAAAAUAAAAUGUUUCCAUUGAGAAA